UUAAUUCGACCACAUCGAACCAAUUUAUGACAUGAAAAUUGAAACGGACCGGUUUUUCAGAGACCCAGCCCAAUUGUUGUUCACCACACCUCCACCCUCGCUGUGGGUUUUGCGAACAGCAUCUAAUUUAAUACGGAGUAGCAGCUAGAGAGAGAAGGAAAACCUAUCCCUAAUGCUAUGUUUUAAAUUAAAUAUUUUCUUAAAUUAUAUAACUAAUACAUCAUCUUUGAUUGUGUCUAUCCAUCGCUUCUUCUCCACCUUCAUCUAAUUUUUUCCUUUAAUUGCAUAAGUUAGGUCCUCUAUGGAUACCCUCGAAGGGUUGAAUCUCAGAAAGUACUCCCCUGGGGAGUUAAAAGAUUUUACCGAUAAUUUUAGUGGAACAAACCUGUUUGGAGAAACCCAAUUCGGCAAAGUGUAUCGAGGAAAAACUCAGCAAGGUCAGGAUGUGACUCUGAAGAUUUGGGAAGAUGUAGGAGAUUUUCCUGUUGGCCGGGAUGAACACCGUUCCCAAUUGAUGAAGGAAUGCAUCUUUCUAAUGGAGCCAAGUGUCCGCCAUCAUCCAAAUCUGGCAAAACUGUUGGGAUAUUGCUGUGAAGAUACUCUAUUGGGUGUUGUUUAUGACCUAAAACCUUUGGAUACAGUUCACAACCUCAUUGCUAAAGAUCACUUUUCCUGGCUCCAUAGAGUUAAGGUGGCAAUUGAUCUUGCUCGUCUGCUUGAGUUUUUACAUGGUGUGGAACCGCCAUACCUGGUUCGCAAUUUUGGUCCUCCACAUAUAAUGCUUGAUCAGGAUUACAACCCAGUACUAUUCGACUUUGGUAUUAUAACUGGUGGAGUUUUUGGUAAAAACCAAAGAAUCCCAAAUAUUUUCACUCUUGGAUUGGAAGGUUAUUUUGAUCCCACUAUUACUCUUACAGUCUCUUGGACCUUGUCAAAUCUCUACUUCUGCUCGUCAUUCGUCAACACAAGGGACUUUUUAAAAAAACGUAAAUGGCUGGAUAAAAACGAUGCCUAUUCAUUUGGCGCGGUACUUUUGGAGCUCAUAUCCAAAAGACUCUAUGAGAGGGGCCAAAUGAGUCCAAAUCCUGUAUUCCGUUGGGCCAAUAUUGAAUAUGUGAAGAAGAAGAAGAAACAUAAGAAAUUAUUCUUUAGCUUUGGCCCCUUGAAGUUCUCUGUCGUGCACGGUAGCCUUGAAAAAGAUUCUAAUUUCAGUCAAAAAGAUGGAUACAAAAUUACUAAGCUGGGGAUCCGCUGUGUGCAAGGGUUGAGCUUAACAUCUCGCCUAAAAAUGCCAGAAGUUGUUCAAUGUUUGCUUAGUUUAGAUGUUCUUCGUCACCUUAAUGAUAAGGGUAAUUAAUCUGAUGCUUCUAGGUGCUAAUGGUGCCCUCUACAGGUAGAAAAUUCAGUUUAAUUACCUCUGAAUAGUGAUCUAUGGUCUCCAAGCUAACUUUAUGAUGUUGGAAAACUCUGAUAACUGCAACAUGUUGCAUGUAACUAGAAUUACCUACUUUCAUCUAAUUUUCCUUUUCUUAUAUGACGAGACUAGACUGAUCUAUAUGUUUAUAUCAUAAUCAUACGGUUCAUACCAUUUAAAUUGUAUGGUAUGAUUAUUUGUGUUUAUGGUGAAUGUAGAAAUCUGCAGGUAUUCAAUGGUAGGAUCAAUUCCUUGAUCAACCUAAUAUUUUUUUGUGCACAAAA